GACUCAAGGUUUAUUAUGAAUAGCGGCGUAUAAACUUGUAAAUUAGUAUGUCAGUCCAUUCAAUGAUCGUUUGCGCAGAGAACGGCAAGCGUGUGUGAUGCAACCAUCUAUGUAAUAUUUUUACUUCAAUGUGACGAGAAUCUCAAAUAUGGCAUACAGAAUAAUUGGCCUUAUUUUUCUAAGUAUGAUUAGUGACAUUUUAUCCCAGUGCUACAACGGUCAUUUAUACGGAGCUAAGAUUGAAAAGAAGAAGUUGAACUUCACUCAAAUAGCCGGCCAAGUUGGGUAUGCAGUGCAAGAAUAUGACGUGACCACGCAAGACUCGUACAUCCUUAAACUGUUCCAUAUUCCAGGAGAUAAAACUAAGCCUGUCCUGUUAAUGCAUGGGGCAAUCGACUCGGCGGAUACAUUCAUCAUUCGUGGGAACACUUCCCUAGCUGUUACCCUCGCUAGAGCAGGUUAUGACGUAUGGAUUGGGAACGUUCGAGGCAACAGAUAUGCUCGGCGCCAUGUUUAUUUGGAUCCUGAUGGAGACCUCGAGUUUUGGGACUUUAGUUUCCAUGAAUACGGGAUUUACGACCUUCCAGCGAUUAUAGACUUCAUUUUAGAACAAACUGGAGAAAAAAACCUAAGUGCAAUCGGUCAUUCGCAGGGAAACACAAAUUUCCUAGUUCUCGGCGCAACAAGACCAGAAUAUAACGAAAAGGUGAAUUUGCUAAUUGCUCUGUCGCCUAUGUGUUUUUUGAAUAAUGUGAAAAAUGUUGUGUCGUUAAUGAUUCGCUUGUCACCUAUGCUGGAAUUCAUUUAUACAUUAGCGGGACGGGAAGAAUUUCUCGGUGAUGACACAGCUCUCGGUCAUUUAUUCAGAUCAUUCUGUGGUUGUAAGUCAAGUUAUGGCGGUUGCGCUUAUGGGAUCUUCUUUCCCAUCGCCGGCAGUGAUCCGAACGAAAUAGAAUCAGACUUUUUCCCCACUAUUGUCGCACAUUACCCCGCCGGAACUUCGAAAAAGAAUGCAGUUCAUAUUUCACAAAAUGCCAUACAUACAAAUUUCACAUAUUAUGAUUACGGUCUCAGAAAUAUAGACGUUUACAAUGCAAGGACUCCCCCUGUAUAUGAUUUGAGUAAAGUGACGAUGAAAGUUGCGUUGUUCGCCGGUGAAAACGAUCAAAUCUCCACUUUAAAGGAUGUAAAACUGUUACGGAGUAGAUUACCGAAUGUAGUAGAAUAUAAAAUUGUAGAUCAUAAGAGGUUCAAUCAUAUUGAUGCUGUUUGGGGUCGGAAUGUACAUAAAUAUCUUUUUCCAGAUAUUCUUAAAGUUUUAGAAACAUAUAGGUGAUAAGAAUAAAAUAUGUCGUGUCCCUUUACUUCGCCUGCUAUUCGACGGUUUUUGCCUUCCCGCCUA